UGCAACCCUCGACUCUUUACUUGACAUUCGUCGACCGCCUCACGACAGAAAUAGUGCGAGCGGUGGAGGAGGUGAGGAAGAAGGAGGAGUCGGCAUGGGGAAGUCCUCCGCGCCAGUGGUGGUGACGUACGUAACCCUAGCACUAUUGAUCCUCUUCCUCCUCUCCCUCGGCCCGAGCCGCCCCCACAUAUCCCACCGCCGCCUCAAGCUCCGCCCAGCCAGCGGCACCACGGCCGCUGGCGACCGCCGCAUCCCCUUCGACCCCAUCAUCGCCGAUAUCGAGCUCCGCCGCGACGACCGCGAGUGGGAGAGGGCCCAUUUCCCUUCCAUCGUUGGCGCCCCGCCCGCGGAGGCCCAGCCGGAGUGGGAGGGCUUCAUUGAUGCCGAGGACUACAUCAACGACGAGGGACGGUUCAACGUAUCUCACCGCAUCUCGCUGCUCUUCCCCAAGAUCGACGUCGGCCCCGCGGACGGGUUCCUCACCUCCAAGGAACUUGCCGAGUGGAACCUGAAGCAGUCGGAGAAGGAGGUGUUGCACCGGACACGGCGGGACAUGAAGCUCCAUGACAAGAAUCGUGAUGGGUUCAUCUCGUUCCAGGAGUACGAGCCGCCAAGUUGGGUGCGUCGAUUGAUUGAUAAUGAAACUGACGAUAAAUUUGGUUGGUGGAAAGAGGACCAUUUCAAUGCUUCGGACAUGGAUGGUGACAGCCUUCUCAAUUUGAUAGAGUUCAAUGACUUUCUUCAUCCGGCUGACACAAGUAAUCCAAAGCUGAUUGAGUGGUUGUGUCAAGAAGAGAUAAGGGAAAGAGAUAAAGACAAAGAUGGAAAACUCAACUUUGAAGAAUACUUAACUGGCUUAUUUCACUUGAUCAGAAAUUAUGAUGAAGUUUAUAGUUCAACUCAUGAGACAGAUGCUUCAAAUGAGAUACCGGCUAAAAAAUUAUUCACACGACUCGACUUGGACAACGAUGGUUUUCUGUCAGCAGAUGAACUGAAACCUGUCAUUCAUGAUCUUCAUCCAUCAGAGCGUUACUAUGCAAAACAACAAGCAGAUUAUGUGCUUUCCCAGGCAGAUACAAACAAAGAUGGGCACUUAAGUUUGCAAGAGAUGCUUGAUAACCCUUAUGUAUUUUAUAGUGCUAUCUUUGAGGAGGAAAAUGAUUUUAUCCAUCAUGACGAACUCCGUUAGUUCUCCAGGUUUGAUAUGCAAGGAAAUAUAAAGGAUUCAUGCCCUUUUUCUUGUUCGUGUGUUAUUAGUCGACAAUUCUUUCUUGUCGUCCGACUCUUCUACGCAAUCCUUUUUAUCACUGUAAUCAAUAUCGGUCGCAAACUGUUCAUUUCUAGAAUUAUUGUACAUUCUUUUGACAAGUUGGGUUUCUGCAUACUUACAUUAUAUACAUAUGGUUUCUUUUUUUAA